UUUUUGAUUUCCUUGGUCAAAAACCCACCACCAUUCAUGCAGUCAGGCCAGCCACAGAUUUUUUAUCUGACAAAAUUUCAACUUUGGUCGUGUCUCGUGACGCAGUGACUUUUUCUUUUUUUCCAAAGCUAUUCAAUUUUUUGUUUUGUGACGGGCAGGCACACACACAGACAACAUUUCUGAAAUCUCUCUUGUAAUUAUAUAACCACUCGCCAUGUCCCGCCUAUUACAACGAGUAGCUAGCUCUAUUUUCAAGCAAACACAGCAACUUGGUCAACAGACUCGUCUUGUAUCCACACAGCAAAGCUCGGCACCAAAAGGUCUGCAACAAUUCUUCGAGAAUGGUGCCAGCCUUCCUGAACAAACUUGGACAGGUCGCUCUUGGAAAGCAAGCGAACUUCGAUUAAAGUCGUUUGACGAUUUACACAAGCUUUGGUAUGUGUUACUUAAGGAGCGCAACGUCUUAGCCACACAACGAGAGGAAGCAAGGCGAUUAGGUAUUGACAAGAGCACAUGGACCAAUGCGGGGAGAGUCAGAAAGUGCAAAAAAUCAAUGGCUCGUAUCAAGUUUGUAUUGAAUGAACGACAAAAGGCUUAUGAAGAAGCAGCACGACUUAGCAAUGGAUCUGUCUGAAACUCCCAAGCUUUAGAAAUGAAAAAGAGAAAGCGUAUAGAGGUUGGGGUUGUUUUGAGCUUCCCAUAUUCAGCAUAGACGAGCUUAAAGUACCUUGUGCUUCACACUCAACCCGAUGACCGAGCUGGCUCAAUUUGGUAGAACCUGGUUAACAAAAUAAACAUGAUUAAUGUAUUGGACUCUU